UGUCAUCCGCGGUGCGACGGCCGGAGGCGGCGGCGCAGGCCCCGGCGGGGCGUUUGGUUUCGGUUUAGCACUGACGGGAAUCAGUGUUGACGGUAGAAAUGGGAGUCCCCAAGUUUUACCGAUGGAUCUCGGAGCGGUAUCCCUGCCUCAGCGAAGUGGUGAAGGAGCAUCAGAUUCCAGAAUUUGACAACUUAUACCUGGAUAUGAAUGGAAUUAUUCACCAAUGCUCCCAUCCUAAUGAUGAUGAUGUUCACUUCAGAAUUUCAGAUGAUAAAAUCUUUAGUGAUAUUUUUCACUACUUGGAGGUGUUGUUUCGCAUUAUUAAACCUAGGAAAGUGUUCUUUAUGGCUGUUGAUGGUGUGGCUCCUCGAGCAAAAAUGAACCAGCAGCGUGGGAGGCGUUUUAGGUCAGCCAAAGAAGCAGAAGACAAAAUAAAAAAGGCAAUAGAGAAGGGAGAAACUCUGCCCACAGAGGCCAGGUUUGACUCCAACUGUAUUACACCAGGGACUGAAUUCAUGGCCAAGUUACACGAACAUCUGAAGUACUUUGUAAAUAUGAAAAUUUCCACAGACAAGUCAUGGCAAGGAGUUACCAUCUACUUCUCAGGCCAUGAGACUCCUGGAGAAGGAGAGCAUAAAAUCAUGGAAUUUAUCAGAUCCGAGAAAGCAAAGCCAGAUCAUGAUCCAAAUACCAGACAUUGUCUUUAUGGCUUAGAUGCUGAUUUGAUUAUGCUUGGAUUAACAAGUCAUGAGGCACAUUUUUCUCUCUUAAGAGAAGAAGUUCGGUUUGGUGGAAAAAAAACACAGAGGGUAUGUGCACCAGAAGAAACAACAUUUCACCUCCUCCAUUUGUCUUUAAUGCGAGAGUAUAUUGAUUAUGAGUUUUCCAUAUUAAAAGAAAAGAUCACAUUUAAAUAUGAUAUUGAAAGAAUUAUAGAUGAUUGGAUUUUAAUGGGAUUUCUUGUUGGCAACGAUUUUAUCCCUCAUCUACCUCAUUUACAUAUCAAUCAUGAUGCACUGCCUCUUCUUUAUGGAACAUAUAUUACCAUUCUGCCAGAACUUGGAGGUUAUAUUAAUGAAAGUGGGCAUCUCAAUUUACCUCGAUUUGAGAAGUACCUUGUGAAACUAUCAGAUUUUGAUCGAGAGCACUUCAGUGAAGUUUUUGUGGACCUAAAGUGGUUUGAAAGCAAAGUUGGUAACAAGUACCUAAAUGAAGCAGCGGGCGUUGCAGCAGAAGAAGCCAAGAGCUACAAAGAAAAGAAAAAAUCAAAGGGCCAAGACAGUUCUGCGUGUUGGGCUGCUUUAGACAGUGCUGAAGGCCAAGCAGUAGCUUCUGAGGAUAAUUUAGAAGAUGAGACUGAAGAUGAUCUGUUUGAAACUGAAUUUAGACAAUAUAAAAGAACAUAUUACAUGACGAAGAUGGGGGUUGAUGUAGUAUCUGAUGACUUUCUGGCUGAUCAAGCUGCAUGUUAUGUUCAGGCAAUACAGUGGAUUUUGCACUAUUACUAUCAUGGAGUUCAGUCCUGGAGCUGGUAUUAUCCUUAUCAUUAUGCACCUUUCCUGUCCGAUAUCCGCAACAUCAGUGCUCUCAAAAUCCAUUUUGAACUAGGAAAACCUUUCAAGCCAUUUGAGCAGCUUCUUGCUGUACUUCCAUCAGCUAGCAAAAAUUUGCUUCCUACUUGCUACCAGCAUCUGAUGACCAGUGAAGACUCACCAAUUAUUGAAUAUUAUCCACCUGAUUUUAAAACUGACCUAAAUGGAAAACAGCAGGAAUGGGAAGCUGUGGUAUUAAUACCUUUUAUUGAUGAGAAGCGAUUGCUGGAAGCCAUGGAGACAUGUAACCAUUCCCUCAAAAAGGAGGAAAGGAAAAGAAACCAACAUAGUGAGUGUCUAAUGUGCUGGUAUGAUAAAGACACAGAGUUCACCUACUCUUCUCCAUGGCCAGAGAAGUUCCCUGACAUAGAACGAUGCUGUACAAGGUAUAAAAUAAUAUCAUUAGAUGCUUGGCGUGUGGACAUAAACAAGAACAAAAUAACCACAGUUGAUCAGAAGGCAUUAUAUUUCUGUGGAUUCCCUACUCUGAAACACAUCAAACAUAAAUUUUUUUUGAAGAAAAGUGGUGUCCAAGUAUUCCAGCAAAGCAGUCGUGGAGAAAAUAUGAUGUUGGAAAUCUUAGUGAAGGCAGAAUCAGAUGAACUUGAUAUAGAAAAUGUAGCUUCAUCAGUGCUUGGAAAGUCGGUCUUUGUUAAUUGGCCUCACCUUGAAGAAGCUAGAGUUGUGGCAGUAUCAGAUGGCGAAACUAAGUUUUACUUGGAAGAACCUCUGGGAUCACAGAGGGUAUAUUUGGGUAAAAAUGCUCCUCCAUCUAAGGUAGUCCAACUUGGAGAUAAAGAUCAAUCUAACUGGACUAAAGAAGUACAAGGAAUUUCAGAACACUACCUAAGAAGAAAAGGAAUAGUAAUAAAUGAGACAUCUGCAGUUGUGUAUGCCCAGUUACUCACCGGUCGUAAAUAUCAAAUAAGUCAAAAUGGUGAAGUUCAUCUAGAAAAGCAGUGGUCAAAACAAGUUCUUCCUUUUGUUUAUCAAACUGUUGUUAAGGAUAUCCGGGCUUUCGACUCUCGUUUUUCCAGCAUCAAAACAUUGGAUGAUUUGUUUCCUCCUAGAAGUAUGGUCUUUAUGCUGGGAACUCCUUAUUAUGGCUGCACUGGUGAAGUUCAGGACUCAGGUGAUGUGAUUGCAGAAGGAAGGAUUCGUGUGGUUUUCAGCAUUCCAUGUGAACCAAAUCUUGACCCUUUAAUACAGAACCAGCAUAAAUAUUCUAUAAAGUACAACCCAGGAUAUGUGUUGGCCAGUCGCCUUGGAGUGAGUGGAUACCUUGUUUCAAGGUUUACAGGAAGUAUUUUUAUUGGAAGAGGAUCUAGGAGAAACCCUCAUGGAGACCAUAAAGCAAAUGUGGGUUUAAAUCUCAAGUUCAACAAGAAAAAUGAGGAAGUACCUGGGUAUACUAAGAAAGUUGGAAGUGAGUGGAUGUAUUCAUCUGCAGCAGAGCAACUCCUUGCAGAGUACUUAGAGAGAGCUCCAGAACUAUUUAGCUAUAUAGCCAAAAAUAGUCAAGAAGAUGUAUUCUAUGAAGAUGACAUUUGGCCUGGAGAAAAUGAGAAUGGUGCUGAAAAAGUUCAAGAAAUUGUUACUUGGCUAAAAGGACAUCCUGUCAGUACUUUGUCUCGUUCUUCUUGUGAUUUACAAAUUCUGGAUGCAGCUAUUGUUGAGAAAAUUGAGGAAGAAGUUGAAAAGUGCAAGCAAAGAAAGAAUAAUAAGAAGGUACGAGUGACUGUGAAGCCCCAUUUGCUGUACAGACCUUUAGAACAACAACAUGGCGCCAUCCCUGAUCGAGAUGCAGAAUUUCGUCUCUUUGACCGAGUUGUAAACGUGAGAGAGAAUUUUUCAGUUCCAGUUGGCCUUCGGGGCACCAUCAUAGGAAUUAAAGGAGCUAACAGAGAAGCUGAUGUGCUAUUCGAAGUAUUAUUUGAUGAAGAAUUUUUAGGAGGCUUAACAAUAAGAGGCUCCCCUGGUAGAGGUUAUCGACUGCCAACAAGCGCCUUGGUCAACCUUUCUCAUGGGAGUCGGUCUGAAACUGGAAAUCAGAAGUUGACAGCCAUUGUGAAACCACAACCAGCUGUGAAUCACUAUAACUCAAAUUCAUCGUCAUCUGGUCCCGCUGGAGUGCUUAACCAUUCUCCUCAGUCUCUCUUUGUUCCUACUCAAAUACCUAGUAGAGAUGACGGUGAAUUUUGCCACAUUUGGCAGUCUUUGCGGGGAUCUGGAAAACUUCAGCACUGUCAGCCAGCUGGGCAGGAAAAGGGUACAGUUCUACCUCAAGAAAUAACUCAAGUAACUCAACAGCAUAAAUCUAGCUUUCAUGACAGCAGUGUUAAAUAUCAGCAAAGAAAACCUGACUCCCACAGGAAAUUUAAGGAAGAUUUUAAGAGUCCUAAAGCUGAGUGUCACUCACAAAAAAUGUCCAGUAAGCAGACUUUUGGAGGGUCUGCAAGAUGUAAUAUUAAACUAUUGAAGAGAAAUGAAAGUCCAGGAGUCUCAGAAAUCCAAAAGGUUAUGACUGGUUACUCACAUGCUAUUGAUGAGGCUAACUCUGGAAUCGAAAACCUUUUAGCAUCACUGAAUAUCUCUCAAGAAAAUGAAGUGCAGUCACGUCAUCAUGGAGAGCCUGUGAACGAAGAGCAUUUGUCACCACAGUCAUUUGCUAUGAAAGGAACACGGAUGCUUAAAGAAAUUCUCAAAAUCGAUGGCUGUGAUACUACAGACAGUAAGAAUGAAACGAAACAAAUUGGUAAUGAAGUCACUGUUUCCUCUAAUAGAAGAGAUGAAUAUGGACUGUCAUCACAGCCAAAACCAAGUAAGAAACUAGGAUCUUGUAUGAACAAGCCCCAAGGUACUAAUGAAUAUCACAAUGUUCUGUCUAUGGAAGAUGUGCACUGGCCUGGCCACAUCCCUCCUAUGUCCACACCAGUGACUGAACUUUCACGAAUUUGUUCCCUUGCUGGAAUGCCACAACCAGACUUCUCCUUUCUGAGAACCCCACAGACAAUGAUAGUCUGCCAGGUGACGUUAUCGAAUGGCUUACUGGUGCAUGGGCCGCAGUGCCACUCUGAAGGUCAAGCCAAGGAGAAAGCUGCACUCUUUGCUCUACAACAGUUGGGCUCCUUGGGAGUGAAUUUUCCUUUACCUCCACCAGUAUUUCCACAUUAUCGUCCUACUGCUUUGCCACCGGGAGCCAUUCCUCCAGUUUUCCCACAACCUGCUGCUAAUCUAACGCCUUCACCAUCCCAUGCCUUGGGCUCAGAGCCGUGGAGAGCGCCGGUACGCGUUCCUCGAAAGGCCUUCCACCAUGCCUCUUAUGCUGCCACUGUGCCGAUGGCUGGAGCAGUGCGAGGCGCUGUGCACAGUCAGUUCAUACCUCUGCAGGUUACUAAAAAACGGGUUGCAAACAAAAAGAAUUUUGAGAAUAAGGAGGCCCAGAGCUCUUCUCAAGCUGCCCCACGUCAAGCCAGCAAGCCAGCGUCUUCUGAAGCCCCCAGAACAAUGGCACAGGAAAGCCCACCAGCCUCUUUGAACAAGUGCAACUGGGAUGCUCAGCCAGCAUCUUCUCAAGUUGAAACUGCCUCCCAAGGGCACAGUGUGUCUCACCAGAAAUCAACACCAAGCACUUCUUCCAGAAGAAAAUCACGGAAACUGGCUGUCAAUUUUAGUGUUUCUAAACCUUCUGAAUAAAUUUGGUACCUGGGAAUUAAUUUCUUUUAUUUUCAUUCACCUUUUUAUAAAUGCAUAUAUGUCAGAAAUGUACUAUUUUAAAAUACUAUGUUUAAAUUGAAUAUUUUUUAUUUUAAGUUGUCAGGCACUUUUCAUGCUAUUUAAGUGAAUAUCAAAUUGUGCACUUUAACUAAGUGCAAUUUGUUGUACAUCAAUACCUCAAUAGAGCUGUUAAAAAAAGACUAAAUUAAGUCUUGUGUUAAAAUAAGUAUCAGGCCGAGCAUAGUGGCUCAUGUCUGUAAUCCCAGCACUUGGGAGGCUGAGAUAGGAGGAUUGCUACAAGUUCAAGGCCAUGCUGGGCUACUGUUUCAAGAAAAGAAAAGUAAACAAAUCAAUGGCAUGGGCUAAGAUGGAACUGUACCAUUAUAAGCACCGGCAUCAUCAUUAGAAGCACCCUUAAACUAGACAGUGGACAUCAUAUUUGUGAUAAUAAAGUUAUAUACCAUUACUGAGUGAUAAUUAAAUGCAGCUUGAAAAUUAGGCCUCAAAAGUAAUUUAUUAGGUAAAGUGGAUUUUAUUUUUCUUUUGAAUAACACAGCAAAAUUAUGGAGUGAACUGCUGAGCUUUGUUCACGGCUCUCUCUGCCCUGCCGUCCCGAGGCCACUUCUCAGACCUGCCAGGAGGGAGUUCAUGGUGCUGCCAGUUUUGUUUUAUUCUAAAUUUUAUACCAAAGCAAUUUUACAAUACUAUUUAAACUAUUUCAUCUAAUCAUGUAGAAGUAUAAAUAGCAAUCUAGAUUUGAGUAAUUAUAAUUUUUUUAGAUUAUUUAAGAACCAGCAGUAGUAGUUUCUAAUAAAAUGAUGUGUCACAUCUACAGGGUACAGUGAUUACAAAUUCAUCUUCUAAUAGAAUAAAGUAGAAAAUGCUAAUCAUGUCAUUUUAGCUGUGCUGUUCUCUUGUAUGAUUUUCUGUUGUUGUUGCUAUUAUUCUGUUUAGACAGAGUCUUGUUUUCUAGCCCUACCUGGCCUGGGACUUGCUGUGGCCCUCGGGCUGGCCUCAAACUCAUAGCAAUCCUUCUGCCUCAUACUCCCUAGUGCUAGGAUGACAGACAUCAUCAUGCCCAGCAUGGAGCUUUUUAUCUGAUCACUUAACAUAUAUGAGAGCUCAUUGUGGGUUCAUGUGUAGUGCUUCCUAGAAGUGAUGAAAUUUGAAACAUUUUUUAAAUUCUAAGAUGUGUACAUUUGUGGUGUACAUUACUUACUUACUGCAUAUCUUACUCUAGUUCUGUAUUUUAGCCUUAUGCUGAAGUAUUCAGUGACGCUGCAUUUUUGUCUUUGCAUGUAUGUGUGGAUGUUUAUUGAUCGAACUGUUGAAAUUAUUUGGAAUUUAUGAAAAUUUCUUAAUGACACCAGGGCCUGCAUUUAUAUAUCAACAUAUAUUUAUCUUUUGUUUUUUUGUGAUAUGCUUAUAUUUUUUUUGAUAUGCUUAUAUUUUUAAGGAGGAAAAUGAUCAUACUUUUUUAAAAAUAGGAACCACAGUCGAUAUGGAGCUGCUCAUUAUGGUAUUUGGUUUCAUUUAGCUCACUGAAAACUACCGUAAGUCACAAAGAAGUCUUGUUUGUGUUUUCAGUACUGGUACUCCUAAGUGAAUUGCUGUCUCACUGCUGACCUCCAGGUUUCUCUGACUGUUGGCAGGUUUCGUGCGUACAGUAGUGCCUUCAGUGUAAGGGAGCAGCGUCUGCAUGGCAUGUUUGCUGUCACAUGAGUGUCUGGGACUUUGUUUUCUGUCACUUGCCAUGUUCACCAGUGACCACACUUCCUUGUUUCUUAACCUGUAGUGGGGUACUGAGGAAUUAGGUUCAAGUAACCCUCAGUUUUCAUCUUGAUUGCCUCACAAACUGUUUUAAAAGGAAACCACUCUCGUGGAGACCAAGGAAAGAGUUUAGUUGUCACUAUGUCAUGUUAGCUUCUCCAUGCUGAGUGUGUAGUACUUGCCACUUCACUUACGUGUAUGUACUCCGCCAUCCAAGAACACUUCUCUCUGCUGUGACAGUUCCACCAACAGCGAGCAGCUGCGUUGACUGUAGAGUAUGGAGGAAGGAGGGUAUGCCAUCUUUUGAGAACUCCACGAGACAUUUGAGCCUAUGCUUCUCCAAUAGUCUGAGCACAGAAAGCUCAUAAUUCUAAAGAGAGCCAACAGGAGCGUGUAACCUUUUUGUCAGCAUGUAUCUCCUAAAGGUCGGCUUGAAGAGAAACUGAGAUGGGAGAGAGCUUCAUAGUGACCGGUAGUGAGUGGUAAGGUAUCUUCUCUGGUUCUUUCCUCUUGUGGACCUGAGAGCCACAAAAAGCAUGGCUCCAUGGAACAUGUAAGCAGUCAAGAUUGUUUAACCACAGGAUAGCUAGGAGGAGAGAGGAUCCACUGGUCUGUUGGGGCCUGCUGCAUCUCUGCAAGAGAGCUGGACUUUGAGACAGAGUUUCUCACUUUUGAGUGAGACCACUCUGACAUUCUUAAAGUAUGCUCAUUCAACUGUUGAAUCUGAGAACUUCUGUCAAAAUGGUGGAUUUUGGGUACAAAAGGAUAGAUUCCCUCAAAUUGUCUCAUUUCCAUAUUACUAGAAAAAUUAAUCAUUUAAGCCUUUCUCCACUGCAAAUUAUUUGUAAAUAUUCUUGCUCAUUAAGUCGUCCCUGUCCUGAGCAAAUCACAUCAGUUUAAAGACGAGUCAUUUCAGCCUUUCCCUUUCCCCUGUUUCCUGCAGCACCUCACCAUAGGACAAAGAAAAUGCGCCAGUGGAUUUUAGCACUGUAAACUGAAGCCUCGAACAUCUAAGCUUUAGUUGCAUCAAAAUUAAAUUUACUUCUUUCAAACCUUAGUUUCAAUUUAAAGUUUUCCUUAGGUAGGCAUGGGGGUGUGCAUCUCUGACCCCACACUCUGGAAGCUGAAGCAGUACAACUAAGUUUACGACCAGCCUUUUCCACAGACACUGUUGGGGAAAAAAAAAAAAAAAAAGAAAGUUUGUCCUUGUUUUAAAGCCAUAAAGAAUGAGGGUGGAGAUCUUGUCCCUGUCCUGUGAGUGGCACGUAGGCCGAGUUUUCUUGGUGCAGCUUGGCUUGUGCAGUCCUACUCUAGGCUAAGAUAGUCACAGCUUUAAAGAGAGGAGCUAGAGAGAGGAAAACAGUUAAACAAGGUCUGAUAAUUAUAUUAUUACAGUAUAAUAUACAUUUCUAGCUCAAAGAAAUAAACAACAGUUUUUUUUAUUCACUCCCUUUUUAAUCCUCUGUUGUAUUUGUAUGACCAAAUAAUUUUUCAUACUUUUUUACCUGACAUCAAAUUCUCUAAUGAAGUUAGUUCAACACAUCUCUUCCCUGUAUUCAUAGCCUAUAUUCAGUGUUGUAAAGUAACAUGAGAGUUCACUGUAUUUCUUAGUACCCUCUUGCUUUCAGAUUGUGUUUUUACUGCUGAAGAGAAGCUGUCAGUGACCAUUGACUGUGGAAGGCUUUCUCUAACUUUGAAUCCUCGAUCAUAAGACUUUAUUGUUUCUUUUUCUAGAGCUAGAGACAGUACUCACACCUCAAUGUUUAUACAUUUUCUCAGUGAAGACGGUUUUUAUUUUUUUUUUGCAGGCCCUCCCUUUGCUAGUUUAGAAUUAAGAUUCAGACGUAAAUGUUUGUCAGAUUGGUUUAAUUCACAUUUCCAUUAGAGCCCGAGCCUCUGCCAGAGAGCACAUUGAGACAGGCAGAAGUAGGCCUCCAGCAAUGGGGGAGAGAAGCAGACCCAGGUUUCACCAGCAGUGCAGGGAUUAACCAGUCUGGCAGAGGCUCCCUGUUGAGAAAGAGGAACGUGAAGGAAGGAGAUGGUCAAGGAACCAGGAAGCUGCAUGCCGGUGAGGAGGCUCAGCCAGUGCAUGCUUUGCAAGCAUGGCUUGUGAAGGAGAUGGAUUUAUAUAGCUGAACUUGGGAAGAUUGGGUUUUUUCCAUUAGUACUCCCACUAGUGUUGAUUAUUUCUGCUUUUUAUGUAAACUGUCCAGGCCAAGUAAUUAAGCUUAUGUGCUUGUUUCAAUAAUUUUGAAGCCAGAUUCUCAUGAAGUUUAGGAGUGGUUUGCUUUAAGUUCUCUCCUCUUCUGUUCUUCAUCUUUCUCUCUGUCUCUCUCUACUCCCUUCUCCCCUCUCCUUGGCUGAAUCCUCCUUGUAGUCUUUGGCUGUCCUCCUGCCUCUGCACCUAAGAGCAAGGAGUACAUAGCUAGGCUCCAUGCACAGUGAUGUACACGCUUCAGUUGAUGUUACAGUUACAGAACUUGUGCACACGUGUGUGUGUGUAUGUGUGUGUGCGCACGUGCGUUGGGUUUAAUUUUUUAGGGGUAUUUUUGAAGGGGGGAGGGGAUCUGGGACCUCAAGGAUUUUGCUUCCUUUUACCUAAAACAUUAAUUUUUUGAGUACAUUUUACUUUAACAUGAGUGAUUGAUGGUGUGCUGUGUAAUCAAAGUGGUCAACAUUUUAUUCAUUUAAAUUGUGUAAGUGUGAUUUCAAACAUAUCCCUGAUUUUUUUCACAUAAAUGUUUUAUGAGUAAGUCAAAUUUUCAUUAGAUCUUAUACAGAGCAGUAUUUUAUUAAUGUCAAAAGGGAAGACUUCUAUGUACUCAUUUGUAGUUUUUGUUUUAAACCUCUUUACAUUGUAUUUUCAAAGUGUUUUAAACUGACAUUGGAAUGGCCUCCCAAUGUAGUUUUAAGUUGUACAUUUGUAAAUUUAUAGCAUGAGGUUAGCCUCAAAAUGUGUGCAAAGAAAUUUUUGAAUACAAGUCCCUGGAAGUUUAAACAUGUAGACCUCUUCAAUGCUGUAUGAAUCUUGAUUAAAGACUUAAGAAUGGUA